GUGAAGGCCAAUGGACGUGGAGGACGAAGAAGUAGAAUAACAGAAUGAAAGUGGUGGAAGUGCGAAGCCAACAUGCUCAUGCAGACAAUCGACCCUUGCACGAUGCAACGACCGGCCUUCACCGUCUGGCACACGCCGAGGAACUGAAAAUCAUUAUGAUUGAAGACUAUCGUAACUGGAAGUUGCUCGUCCGGGACUCCAGGAACAUGGACCUGUUCUAUGUGUGGAGAGCAAAACUAAGAAGAACCGACACUUGUGGAUUUAUCUUUGGGCCUGCAAGUGAAUGCUUCACAGCAUACAUGACACAAAUGGAUAACGUCGUCGUGAUGUGCUUCGAACGCCCUCUGCGUCUUCAGAGCGGCCUUAAAGGAUUUUUCUGCUGUUGCCUCGGACAGGAGUUGAGGAUUGAUGCCCCUCCCGGAGCAAGAAUUGCCAAUAUUUCGGAGGACUGUAACAUGUGGGGUACCUGUCUCACUAUCUAUGACGGCAAGGGAACGCCCGCUUUAAAGGUUCUUGGCCCCACUCUGCCCCCGUACGUCACCAUACAUUCGUCAACGCCUCCGACCGUGUUAAAGGUCCAAACAAUGGCGGGCAGUGUAAUAGGGGAGAUAAGGAUAGAAGAGUCCAUCAGCGUCUAUUUUCCUGUGAACCUGGACGUCUACAUCAAAGGAUGCCUCAUUGGUUGUGCAACUUUAGUGGCGUUCAUGUUUCGUAUGGAGGGCUGUGCGUGUACGUGCAACACAGUACUAAAAGAGCUCUAUCCUAUUUGCCUCCGGCUACAAUGACAACGGGGAAGACUGUUUCACAGAUAAUCGGUUGGUUUCGCCUGCAAAGGUGUAAUUCUUCAUGAUGGAAACUGGCCACUACUGUAAAUCAUUACUGUAUGCGCAACCUUCACACGCAAACAUGAAGAAAGUUUGUACUCAACAUGUACAGAACGAGUGAUAAAAUUAUCUAUCAAUCCA